CCGAACGGUUGCCAGCGCCUCUGUAACAGCGCCAUGUGGCUUUAAAAGAUUGAGCUGCGGACUGAGCCUGUUUUCCUUGGCGCUACUACCUUUACGUAGCUCCGCCGCCACCAUCACCAUCCUCACUAUCAUCACCACCACCACCACGGAGGAGAGACAGCCCACCCUGGCCCACACUAGCAUCCUACAGCAUGGAGGCAGCCGUGUCACUCGGGAGCUGGAGGUCUGCCCCGCAGAGCCGCUCCGCGCUCCUCAGCCUGGCCGUCGUGCUGCUCCAGGCGGCGCGGAUGAGCGCGGAGGACGGAGGCGGCGGCGGCGGUAUGGAGGAGCUGGCGACCGAGAAGGAGGCUGAGGAGAGUCACCGCCAGGACAGCGUCAAUUUACUGACGUUUAUUCUGCUCCUGACGCUCACCAUUCUAACUAUAUGGCUCUUCAAGCACAGGAGGGUCCGUUUCCUUCACGAAACCGGCCUGGCCAUGAUCUACGGUUUGUUGGUGGGUGUGAUCCUGCGAUAUGGCAUUCCUUCCACCAGUUACCACAAUAAAACCCCCCCCAGCUGCUCUCUGAAGGAGGGCCCUGUCAGCACUCUGCUGCUCAACGUCAGCGGCAAGUUUUUCGAGUACACGCUGAAGGGUGAAAUCAACUCCCACGAGAUUCACAAUGUGGAGCAGAACGACAUGCUUCGCAAGGUCACGUUUGACCCAGAAGUGUUCUUCAACAUCCUGCUACCUCCUAUUAUUUUCCAUGCUGGAUACAGCCUUAAAAAGAGACACUUUUUCAGGAACAUGGGAUCCAUCAUAACAUAUGCGUUCCUGGGCACAGCCAUCUCCUGCUUCGUCAUUGGAAAUCUGAUGUAUGGAGUGGUGAAGCUGAUGCAGGUGGUAGGUCAGCUCACUGACAAGUUCUACUACACAGACUGCCUCUUUUUUGGAGCCAUUAUUUCAGCCACAGAUCCAGUCACUGUACUGGCGAUCUUCAAUGAGCUCCAUGCUGAUGUGGAUCUUUAUGCGCUGCUGUUUGGAGAGAGUGUGAUGAACGAUGCUGUGGCCAUUGUCCUCUCAUCGUCUAUCGUGGCCUAUCAGCCCAGUGGAGCAAACACGCACACUUUCGAUGCCUCAGCCUUCUUUAAAUCAGUGGGCAUUUUCCUGGGGAUCUUCAGUGGUUCUUUUGCCAUGGGCGCGGUCACUGGAGUCGUCACUGCCCUCGUCACCAAGUUCACCAAGCUGCACUGUUUCCCUCUACUGGAGACUGCACUCUUCUUCCUGAUGUCCUGGAGCACCUUUCUGCUGGCAGAGGCCUGUGGAUUCACAGGUGUUGUAGCAGUGCUAUUCUGUGGGAUCACACAGGCUCACUACACCUACAACAAUCUCUCAGAGGAGUCUACCAAACGCACCAAACAGCUCUUUGAAGUGCUGCAUUUCCUGGCAGAGAACUUCAUCUUCUCCUACAUGGGUCUGGCUCUCUUCACUUUCCAGAACCAUGUCUUCAGUCCCAUCUUCAUUGUGGGAGCAUUUGUUGCUAUCUUUAUUGGCCGUGCGUCCAACAUCUAUCCUUUGUCCUUCCUGCUGAACCUUGGCCGCAGGCAUAAAAUCGGCGGGAACUUCCAGCACAUGAUGAUGUUUGCAGGACUGCGUGGAGCGAUGGCGUUCGCACUUGCGAUCCGGGACACAGCAACCUAUGCGCGACAGAUGAUGUUCACCACCACGCUGCUCAUUGUGUUCUUCACCGUAUGGGUCUUUGGUGGUGGCACUACACCCAUGCUGUCAUGGCUGCAUAUCAGGGUUGGCCAAGCUUCUGCUGCUGAGAAGGAGCGACUGGUGAAGCUGUUGCAUUACGUCAGAGUUGGAGUAGACCCAGAUCAGGACCUUCACCCAUGUGGGGACAGCUUCCAGGUCCUACAAGGAGAUGGAAGUCAACAGGAGGGCCAGAGCAAGACCAAGCAGGAGAGUGCCUGGCUCUUCAGACUGUGGUACACUUUUGACCACAAUUAUCUGAAGCCCAUCCUGACUCACAGCGGACCUCCGCUCACCACCACCUUACCAGCCUGCUGUGGCCCUCUGGCCCACUGCCUCACAAGCCCUCAGGCCUACGAGAACAGUGAGCAGCUGAGAGACACCGACUCGGACCUCAUCCUGACGGACGCUGACCUGGCGCUGACCUACGGCGACACGGCCAUCACGGCCAACGGCGCCUCGUCCGCCUCGGGCUCCAGGGGCCUGAACGGCAAGCGCAACGGAAGCACGUCAGAGGAGGCACUGGAGCGAGAGCUGGACACGCGAGAGCAGGAGCUGCUAAGUCGGGGAACGAGGCUUGUUUUCCCCAUAGAGGACCAUGCCUGACCACUAUCUAUCUGACCACACUCGCUCCAUCACUUUCUCCCUCUCUCUUAUUCUCUCCCUCUCUCUCUCUCUCUCUCUCUGUCUUUCUCUCUCCCAGCCACACUCUGACUGUGCCCUCCACCCCUCCUGAUGCUUCACUCCAUCUGACCAGGCCCCUUUCCAAAGACAUUAAUUAACACAAGGGGUGAAGAAAUGUACGGAAACUUACGAAGAAACUGUAAAGACUGAAGGAUGAGAAAAAGAUGGAGAGAUGUGGAUGGGUGAAAUGGGUUUUGAGAGGGUUUGAGAGUCUGACGAAGAGAAGAAUAUCGCUCGUUUACUGGACUUGGCAUACAGGAAAAAAAAAAAGAAACUGGGUCUGGGCCACUUAUAGUGACCCAGGCACACUGAUAUGAUACGAAUGGCCAUAAUUAUAUACUGUGAUGAUCUUCUGUUCCACUGUUUCUUUUUACUUGUGAUGAGGGAAUAGGAACCCCCCUCCUCCUUUGUGGGAAAUAUGUGCAGCAGUGUGUUGAGGAGCAGCUGUGGGCAUUCGUAAUGUGGUUUAUAUAUAUCGGUAUGCGUGUGGUUGGGUGCAGAUGUUUGAGAAAACCAGCCGCAGCAGCAGCAGAAGAAGCAGCUGCUUCUAGCAUGUCAAUCAUCUUCAUUUUAUUCCAUCCAACCUCAAUUUUCAAUUGCAAAUGCUGUUUAAAACUUGAACGUAGCAUACAGGUAGAAGUAAGUCUGCCUGACGAAACAAAUGUGUGUAUGUCAUUUUCAUGCUGUUUGCUCAUUUCCAUAUGCACUCUUUUAUCUCGUCAACCAACCAUCACUCCAAGGAAAGCCAUAGAACAUCUGGCAAGCUUCUCUAGAUCAGCUCUACAGUCAUGUAGUGUCUAUAAUGCGCUAUUUGCGUGUAAUUGAGUGGUGAUUUUUACUCAUUUUUACUAUUCGUAUUCUUAAACAUCCAUGCAUACACAUACUGCUCUUCACUGUUCCAUUAUACACAAUGAAUGACAAGAUACAAUCUGUGAAAUUUGUUUAACAUCCUCCUUUUUUUUUUGCCACUUUGCAUAAUGUGUUCCAGCUAAUGUACACUACACCAUCUGUAGUUUGCAUAAGCCGAAGGCAUCAUCUCUCUUGGUUGUGGUCAUCCAGCUCCCGCAGUAGGUUUUGAAUGCCAUUGUCUGUUCAUGUACAUGAACAUGAAUCGACACAACUCUAGCGUCCAGCUGUGUUUACGCGUGACACGCUGUGACUUCAGCACUUUAGCAGCUGGUUGGACGUCACCCAAGUGUCCCCCCACCCCCACCCCACGAUUGCUUUCUCCACAACAGUGGCUCUGUUGUCACAGGCUCACAUGACACAGCCUGUGAGAGAUGACUUGGAAAGAGUUUACUAACUUUUUUUUUUAUUAUUAUUAUUCGACAUCCAUUGUAAAUAUAACAAAUGUCACACGCAGCUCGUCACUCCAUUGUUCUGCUCAGCAGGCUUAGCCAUCUGGAAAGCUUCUGCACACAGCUAAACACAGCUGUACACAGCAGCAGAAGCCUGCAUGUGCACUUUUUCUCACUUUUUCUCAGUCUAGUCUGGAACUGGGGGUCUGAGCUGCAUAAACCAGUGUGCUGGUGCUUAUCGUAGCUGCUUUGCCUCGCAAAUUCUGAAACUGGACAGCUGGAACUGGACUAACGCCAGUGCAGACGUUAAAAAAAAUGAAAUGCUCUGGAGUGUCGGUUCAUGUCCUAAGUGAUUUUUGCAUUUUCUAUAUCAGCAACACAAUACGAAUGCCACAUUUAGAAGCAAAGCAGCUGGCUCAAAACUGAGUAAAGGCUGCAGUUGUUCAGCAGAAAUGUGGAACAAAAGCGUAGAAAACUGACUAAAUAGAUUUGUGGGCGGCGCAUGUGGUAUUUGUCUGAAUGUAGUUUGUCGGGGGUUCAAGCCGCUCUGUUACACCUCCUGUACACCCACAAAAGCUCCCACCAUUCCUGCAGUGUUUUGUUCUGACAGUAUCUGGAAUAACAGGCUUCGAACGCAAAGCAAGAUUAGUCAGUUGUAGAGGCGUGUGCUUUGAUGACUAAUCUAAACGAUUAAUGUUAUUAAUAUAAAUGGCUGCUUUAAAAAAAAAAAAAAAAAAAAAAGAGCUUCUGGAACAAUCCACAUUUCACAUCUCUCAUAUAGCUUUAAUGCUAGAACCACCAAACAUGGCAUUAACUCUAACUCUCAUGGUUUUCCCCAGUUAAGCUUGAUUACCUAUUAUAAUUAACUAUUUACUAAUAUGGGGUUUAUAUAUCAAAUGUUUAUUGUCUUAUGAAUUAUACAGUAUUAUUGGGGCAGUUUCCCAGUCCGGGAUUAAGCCACACAACAUUUUGAAUGCAGAUUUUCCAUUGAAAUUAAAAUAUAGUCUACGAUUAGGUUUAAUCUCUGUCUAAGAACUUCAACAUUGAGUUUAGAAAAUCCACAAAUUGCUUAAUAAGGUUCAAAACAUAUUUUAACAGUUCCUUUUGUAAAAUAGGAGUGGGAAUGUCAGGCUUCUUCAAAAAAGAUUUUCUCAACUGCGGACUGGGCCUUUUUUUUUUUUCUUUUCUUAUUUUAUCGAAGGACUAUCACAGACCUGAGAGCAAACUGUGAAAUCAACCAUGUGUUGUUUGAGAUCUGCUGGGAAGCAUUUUUCAGUUGCUGUAUGAGCAAACAUAUUUAUAAAGAUUUAAACAAACAAAAAAACUCCUAGUGCCAGGUUUUGCAUCUUUCAUUAGAAUCCCAGUCCUGGCCUGGCUAUUAUGAAGGUUGGAAGGUUGUCGAUUGUUGAUAAUCGCACUUUUUGUUAUAGGUGAUUUAGCUAGUAAUGUUCCUGGGGCGUGAUAAGUCAGCCCCAAUCUGAAGAACGUGUUCCAGUGUGGUUCUGCACCAACUGUGGUUAAAGAGACUUUUUGGAGGUGUUCUAACUGGUUUCCACACGAUACCAUGAUAUGAUGAAUUUGUACAUAAGUGUAGGUCAUGCUCAUGCUCUCCUGUAGCCAUCAUCUCUCACCUGCUAUGUUCUGCAUGUUACAAAAAAAGAAGAAGUCAAUCAGCAGGAUGCCAUUUUCUCUGUGAAAUACAUAUAAAUAUAUAUACCAAGAUGUCCUGUAUUGCUCUGACGGCAUCCCUAUGACUAUUCUAGAAUUAAAAAUGCACUCAGCCUGUCCGACAAUAUGUGACAAAACUGUGGUAUGCAUUGUAGUAUAUUUGUGCGUUCCCCCCAAAAAAUUGAUGUAUUGAACUGGUUUACAGUAGCAAUAUUAUACAAAAUGAGGGAUUUGCUUUAUUUUAUGUUAUCAAAUAAAAACAGUGACGGUGUUUACUACAAAACUA